AUGGAGAAAGUUACAACGAAAGUAAAAUAUUCUAAUUGCCAAUGUUGUAGAAAUAAUUUUGUUGCUCAAUAUAAGAAAAAACCGCGUGAUCGUUGUAAAAGAAAAAGGCAAACAUUGGUAUUUAAUGUUAACGCUGACGACGAGAUAUGGCACGAACCGUACAUGCAACGUCUUCAAAAAGAAUUCUCGGACGUGUCGAUUUUGUGCGAUUCAAAGAUUGAGUUACCAUGGAAAGACAUUGCGUUACCGACUGUGGUAAGAAAAAUUCGUACGGAUGCCUCGGUCGAUCAUAGUAAAAUUAAAGAACAUGGCGAGGGAAAAACGGAAGUUGAAUACGACGAUGAAAGCAACGUUGUCUCAGAAUCAGAGAAAAAGGAAUCGACUGGCAUUAUGACGUUACCCUGGCACAAUUUAUUGAUCACUAACGUGAUAUCACCUUCGAGAGACUAUGAUCCAACCAGUUAUGAUUCUCAAGUUAAAAUACCAUGGGAAGAUCUUGCUUUGGAUAAACCAGUUGAUAUCCGUGUGCCUUCACCAGACGAGGAAGAUUCCUGUGAGCCCGACGACUUAGAGAUACCCUGGCAAGAUAUUCUCAUACCUCAGAAUAUCAUAAUUAAGUCACAAACAAAAAUAGGAAAUUCUUCCUUUGUUAGAAAGAAAAAUAAGUAGCCCACUCGUUUCUAAAGAAGAUUUCUUUUGUAUUUUACCUUUGAAAUUUUCAUAAUUAUCUUAUAUAAAUCAUCUGUUAUAUUCUACGUAA